AAUUUGCUUUCCUAUUUCUUAAAGUUUACUUUUCCUUUUCCUAGAUUAAAAAGGGUUUUGCCUCUAUAAAUAGAGUUGUUUGUAAUCUUUUAAGGCAGACUUGAUUAAUGAUAAAUUUCCUUACUUUAAACUCUCUAAUUCCUUCCCUUUCCCUUCGUCUCUUCGAUCUCUAAUUCUUCUCCUCGAUCCCUUAUUUCUUCUCUGUUCUAUUGCUCAAGCGUUUACUCUAAACUUACGGGCUGUUUACUCUAAACCUACGAGUUGUUCUGCAUCAAUUGGUAAUCAGAGCCUUCCCUCGCUUUCGUUUGCGUUUGAUCUCUCCCAUGGCGCCCCAAAUCGUGGCUAGCCUUGCAGAACAAUUUCAUGUGUUCCAAGACAAAGUUUUUGACGAUAUCACUGGCAUGGAAACCCAACUCUCCAAACUCCGCGUUGACCUCAAAGACGAGUUGGUACAGGCUCCCACACAUCGUUCGAAGACGGACCUGGCCAUCACCAAACUCCAAGACUCCGUUCAGUUGCUUAUCAAUCACUUUCGGGCUGGACAUGCUGAACCUUCUUCUACCUCCGCAUUGCUCUCGAGUUCCUCUACGCCAACACCAAAAAGUGGCCUUCUGCCCAAUCCACCAGUGGAUCUAAAACUCAAGGCCGUGCCAUACGGCAUGCCUCAUAGCUCCACUGGGCUCUCACUUGAUGAUCCCAAGGCUCAAUUGGAGCCCCCCUUUUCUUUUGGGUCUCUGCCACCGCCCCAUUAUACCCAACACACAACGGGCCCUUCUACAGUUUCACAUGAUCAAGGCACUCAUCCCCCUCGCCAAUUUGACAACGAUGUCAUCCGCCACAUCAAGCCCACCGCUCCUACUUUUGAUGGUCGUGGGGAUCCUACAAUGUUUCUUGACUGGGUUCAAGCCAUGGAAGAUUAUUUCGCCUGGUACAACUUGACAGAUGCUCAUAAACUUCACAUUGGUAAGAUGACGCUACAGGGCGCCGCUAGACAAUAUUGGAAUUCGGUGGAGGAGCAACUAUAUCAAUUUGGACAGCCGCCUGUGACUCUAUGGGACGAGAUGAAAUUAAAGCUUUGCGAACAAUAUCUUCCCACCUUUUAUCGCCAUCAAUUGUAUGAUCAAUUAUGGACCCUUUCACAAGGAAGUUCGACUGUUACUGAAUUCCACGCUCGUUUUAUUGAACACAAGAUACGUGCAGGGAUUCGUGAAGAACUCGACAUCACUAUGUCUCGCUUUAUCCAUGGUCUUCGUGACGAUAUCAAGCGUGAAGUCCGUCGAUUCUGUCCGCAUAUCUUGGAAGAUGCAUAUUGCCAUGCACUGGAAGCUGAAACUUUUUUGGGCCCACAACGUAGAUAUACUGGGUAUUCUGGGCUCUCUUCCACUCCUACUCCAAAUCGUAGUACUCCUAGCUCCACAUAUGGCGUUGCCGGUCCACUUGCUCCUACGGUACCCACAACAGAAAAAGGACCAGCCCCAUACACGGCUGCUCACAUCGAAUGCUAUCGUUGCCAUGCUAAGGGCCACAUUGCCUCCCGUUGUCCACACCGAACUUUAACCAUUAACUCCCUCAAUGAGGACUCUUGUGUGGACGUGUAUGUGGAGCCCCUUGAACCUAUUUAUGAUCCAGAACUUGAUAAUUGUUGUGAGGAGGCGUUUCACCAAGUGAGUGUCAUGCGUUGUAUUUAUUCAGCAUCUACACCUCCACCUCCUGAUUCAUGGAAACGCACAAGUAUUUUUCAAACCUAUGUCCCUUGCGGUACCAAUAGAUGCCAAUUAGUUAUUGAUGGGGGAAGUACACUGAAUGUUAUCUCUAAAGCUGCUGUCGACCGCCUUCACCUUCAAGCCGAGCCCCAUCCCCAUCCUUUUCAUGUUGGCUGGGUACAUAACACUAGGUUACCUGUUACUAAAAAAUGUCUUGUUCCUCUUCAAUUGGGUCCCUGUCAUGAGCGACUUUAUUGUGAUAUCCUACCCAUGAGUGUCGCACAUGUGCUACUAGGCCGACCAUGGCUUUACGACCGCUGUAUGAGAAGUUGCGGUAGAGAGAACACAUAUACUUUUCAACAUGAGGGAAAGAACAUAACGCUAACACCUUCCAAUCCUGUCGUCAAACCAACUAAGGAUGUUCAACCAACCUUGUUACUUAGAGAGAAGGCUUCGGAGCAUCGAUUGAGUAGUUUAUCAUCUGUAGACUUUGUACACGACUUGCAAGACACUGGUGUGUCCUUUGCUCUAUUGCUUAAAUCGGAAUCUGACAGCAACCCCACACCGCUUGCCGAACCCAUACAUCAGUUCCUCCUUGAAUUCUCUAAUAUCAUACCUGAUGACUUACCAGAUGAGCAACCUCCAACGAGAGAGAUUCGGCGUACCAUUGACCUUAUUCCUGGUUCAUAAAUUCCUGAUCUUCCCUAUUAUCGUAUGAAUCCCUCUGCACGAGCGGAAUUGAUUCGACUAAUUCGGGUGUUGCUGGAUAAUUGCUUUAUUCGUCAUAGUUUAAACCCUUGUGUUGUUCAAGUUCUCCUUACCCCCAAAAAGGAUGGUUCCUGGCGAAGGUGUGUUGAUAGCUGCACCGUAAAUAAUAUUACAAGUUUCAUUCCUCCCCCGAUGCCGCGUAGUCCUUCUCCUACUUCUGACCAUACAUAUCAGAUUGAGGACAUCUCAGAUCAUGAAGUUGUGGCCUCGUCUCCAGGAGAUUCUACCAGCUCUCUGGUUCAUUGGGUUGGAAGGCCUGCUACUGCGAAUACUUGGACUACAGAAGUUGAAUUUCGGCAAUUGGAUUCCACUCUUCUACACAAUUAUCAGGAUUCUCUUCAUGGUCUUGAUUUGGCUGCCUCCCAUCCUCCCAUCAUCCAUACUUACAAACAUCGUCGUCAUCCUUUAUCUUGGUUUACUCGCCGGUGUAGAGUUCUUUUUUAGUGGGGGAGAAUGAUGCAGAAUGCAUAUUAUUAGUUUUCCUAAUUCUACUUGGAUUAGUUUUCCUAUCUCUUAUUAUUUAUUUGUUUUCCUAAUUCUUAA